UGCGCAGAAGAAUGCAGUGGAAACGGCGAAUGCAACCCCGAUGGCAAGUGCGAAUGCGCACCCUGCUUCCACGGUGUAUUGUGCGACGAAUCGUGCUCUGGGCACGGCGUGUGUACCGCGGAGGUGUGCGAAUGCGACGACGACUGGGGUGGUGACCUUUGCCAGAGUCCCAUCUGCCCCGGCGAGGACGGUGCCUGCAAUGGUCACGGCGCCUGCAACAGCUACUUGCAUGAGUGUGUCUGUGGGGUCGGCUGGAGUGGGGAUGACUGCAGCCCCGCCAUCUGCUUUGAUGGCCCGUCGUGCACGCGCGAAUGUUCCAACCAUGGCACCUGCGUCAACGGUGGCUGUGAGUGUGACACAGCCUGGUGGGGCGAGCGCUGUGGUAUCCGUGGCUGCCCGGGCGUCGGCGAAUCUUGCUCGGGCCACGGUACUUGCAAUCCGGAGGAACAGGUUUGUCGUUGUGAUCCUGGCUGGCGUGGGGUUGAUUGCAACACGCCCGACUGCCCCGGCGAACCUGAUUGCAAUGCACGCGGAGACUGCGAUCCAGAUGAGGCCUACAGCCGCCCCAUCUGCGGUACCUGCGGCUGCGCUGCUGGUUGGACUGGCACAUUCUGCACCGAGUUUGACUGUGCAAACAAUUGCUCGGCGCAUGGCACGUGUGUCUGGGACAACGGAGAUGACCUUCCCCACUGUGAAUGCGAGCCUGGCUUUGCGGGUGACAAUUGU